AUGUCUGUUAUACGAAAGGAACUAAUUAAUGUUGCAAUUAAUAGAGCGAUCGCAUUAAUAGAUUAUAAUAUUCAUAAUGAUAUAGACAAACAACAUGAAUUUAUACAACAAACAGUUCUUGCUGAUAAAUCUUUUACAAAUGAUGAAAUAACUGAAGUAAUAAGAAGAAUAAAUAAAAUUAUUGAUAGAAAUAAAGUUCUUCUUAAUAAAGGGACAAGAAGAAUUUGUGAAAAUUGUAACCAAGUACGUUUAGCUAUAUCAUAUUGUGAAUAUUGUGUUCGAAAUUAUUUAAAAUUAAAUUUUUUAAAUUGGACAUCUGGAAAUAAUGUUAUUGAUAAUUUAAUACAAAAAUGUCAAAUGGAAACAUUUGAACCAGAAAAAAUAGUUGAAUGGAUUCCAUAUGAUCUGUCUCUUAUACACAUCUAG